UUUUAGAGCAAGUUUCAGUUUGAUUUGAAGUUUGAACUGCGAGAGUACGAGCUUGUAUGAUCUUAAAUAAAGCGCAUGCUUUGAGAAGAGGGAGGAAUGUGAGAAUUGGUUGGCUAGACUCCAGACCAGUGGAGAGAUUGAAAAGCAAGCAAGCCUUUCUCUUAAGUGACAUCACUCCUCAUUUGGUUUGGUUCGGUUUUAGAUUCUGUCCGGUUAAGUAUAUAAUUGGUUAUUUCAUGGCCUCUCUUCCUAAAGUACCACAACAUUUUCUUUUUGCUACUAAACAAAACGAAUAGUUCCUUUCCUUCUAUCGUCGGCCAAAUGGGAAUUAUUUUAAUUUGUAGAAUGAGAAAAUUGAAACUCUAUUAUUCUGGUUUAAGUAAUUGGUUGACGGUACAGUUCGCCCUAACGGUUUAUUCCGGUUUAGAAGCCACUCGCUCGUCGAAAGCAAAGAUCGUACUAUAUACGUCGUAGAAGUUUUCAGACCUCACAAUCAGUGGCGAAGCCACGUUAUAGGUUCUGGGUGCAAGUGCACCCGCAAUUAUAUGAAAAUCCAAACUUUUGCAUGUAAAAACAGUUAAGUUUGGGUAGCUACUAUGGUAAAAGGGCGCAUAUGCACUAUUAAGCUAGAGAGACUUCCAACCUAAAACUAAUUGGUGAUAAGUGGAGUGACUUAUCUAUCUUAUAUAUUACUUAGAUCUCUUCCAACUAACGAUGUGAGACAUUUAUCCUUAAUACGCCCACUCGAGAUGAUGGCUCUUUGAGCGUCAAUCUCAGAAUGUUUGGGUAAGGAUCGAUGAGCCGAAUUUGGGCUGGAUCGAUAAUGGAUCGGAUUGGACUGCAUGGAUCGGGCUCUGAUACCACGUUAAGCUAGAUGAGCUUCCAACCUAAAACCAAUUGGUGAUAAGUAGAGUGACCCAUCUAUCUUAUAUAUUACUUAGGAUCCCUUCCAACUACCGAUGUGAGACAUUUAUCCGACCCCCGCUUUCUUAGGUUUGAUGCUUGCCAACUGCAUUUUUUAUCUUUUACUUGCAAUAGUGCACCCAGUACUAGAUUCGCCCCUGCUCACAAUGAUGAACAUAUGGGUUUUGUACUUUUUUUUGAUAGAUUAGUGUUAGAUUUGAAAGUAAAAACUUAGAGGAAAAUAAAUUCGUUACCAAAGUUGACAUAUGGGGUGCUGGGGCUGAAAAGCCCUCGCGAUACUGUAUGCUUUUAGGUGAGUCAUCUCCCCGGUUGUCCCUAAACGUAACUUGCAAGAUCUCCUAUGGGUUCUAUCAACCGCCUAUGCCCCUCAUUCAUUAAUGAGUCGCGAAAUGUCGUAAUCACCCUUUCGUGGGAGAAAUAAAAAAGAAAAGAAAAAUCGAAAAUUGAGGGAAUCGGAUGAUUCGGCGGGUUGAGAGGGGUUCUGGUCUGGCACAAAUUUUGGUUUGGGUUAUGGCGGGUUUGGUUAUCCAUUCCCCCAUUCGUCGUGAGUCCUCUCCAAAAAGCUCGAUCGAUUCCAGCUCGUCCAAUUCAAUUCAAUUCAAUUCGCAGCUCCCGAGAAAUCUUGCAGCUCCCCAGAAAGUUCGAUCGUUGGAUUCUCCGGCGAAUGCAGGUUAGUUGUUCUCUUCCCCAAGCUGCAUUGGAUAAAAAUUGUUUUUAGGGUGUGUAAUUGGAAAUGUGAAUUAAUUAAAGCAUAUGGUUGGUUGAUUGAUUUGAGUUGCCUCUAUGGAAUUGAGUUGAGUUGAGGUUCUUGAGCUUAUAGUACCCGAAACCUCAAUUUGAUAUGUAGUUGAAGGAUAACUUGGUAAAACUAGAAGAACUGAUAAUUGAAGAUAAUACGUAUAACUGUAGAUAAUUAGAUAACACUAGUAUAACCGUCACUUGAAUUUGUUGUUUUUGCAGGAUACAAUGACGAAACACGUGAGCAUACAUUUCAAAUUCAAAGAUCGAGUCUAUAGUGUAACCAUGAAGACAACAGUGGAUGAUAUAACUUUGGCAAUGGCUGAAGAAAGGUUGUAUAAAAAGCUGUCGUUGAAUGAAAGGAAUGUAAAACUGGUGCUGAGGUACAUGCCGAUGGUGGUUGGAUGUGAGGCAGAGCUAACUAUUUGUGAUAAUGAGGAUUUGUUUGUUUACCUAAUAACAAUUGAUAAAGACAACCGUAGAAGUCUUUUGUUAGUGGAGGAGACGAGUGUAUCGGAUCAGUUAGAGGUGGUGUCAAGAGUGUGCAAAAGUUCUGUUGGUAUGAAUUACCAAGCGUUGCAGGGAAAUGAUGAUGAAGUCGGACCUAAAGCCCUGAUUCUGUACGUAGAAAACGGGGAGGCAGAUCAACAGAAGAAGCAGAUAGAGGUAGAGAAUGAUGACGAAAGAAGACAUGAUGAUUUUAUGGAUACAGACGCUGCGACAGAAACCGCAGCUGAGACGGAAACCGCAGCUGAGACGGAAACUGCAGCUGAGACGGAAACUGCAGCUGAGAGAGAAACUGCUGCUGAGAAGGACACCACAGCUAAUAUGGAUGGCAGUGGUAAUAUGUAUGUUGAGCAGCUACCUUUAGUAAAAUGUAGUCAAGCUAUAGAGGAAUGGGGAGAUACUAUGGGUCUGUACCUUCUGCAGGAAUUUCCAAACAAGAGAUCACUUCAAGAGGUGGUGGAUAGAGCUGCAUUUGGUUGCAGCUUUCGUUAUGUUAUUAAAAAAUCUGAUCGAAAACGGUUGGUGGUAAAAUGUUGUGAAGCAAACUGUAAAUGGGGAUUGCGAGCUGCGAGGAUUCGAGAGACGGAAAUUUUUUCUAUUAGGAGGUACUGGGGUGUGCAUACAUGCUCUCGGACUAAUCAAAGUAAUAGCUGCAACAGCAAGAGGAAAUGAUCUGCAGAAUUAGUUGCAACUUUUUUGAAUGAGGAAUAUCCUGGAAAACUGAUGACUCCUGUUCCGAGAGAUAUCAUAGACUUAAUUAAGUUAAGACUGGGUGUAUCGGUAUCUUACUCCACCGCCUUGAGAGGGAAAAAUCUAGCUAUGCGUGAGUUGCGUGGUAAUUCAGAAGACAGCUACAAGAUGUUGCCUAGCUACUUGUACAUGUUAGAGCAGGUUAAUUCCGGAACAACAACAGAGGUGAAGUUGGAUGAGGCAGGUAAGUUCAAGUACCUUUUCAUAGCUUUAGGAGCUUGCAUUGAAGGGUUUAAGGCCAUGAGGAAAGUGAUUCUUGUGGAUGCUACAUUUUUGAAGAACGGAUAUGGUGGGGUACUAGUAUUUGCUAAAGCUCAAGAUCCUAAUCGUCACCAUUAUCCCCUUGCGUUUGCGGUACUUGACGGUGAGAAUAAUGCUAGUUGGACUUGGUUUUUCGAGAUGCUCAAAACUGUUAUACCGGACUCUUCUGAAAUAGUUUUUAUGAGCGAUAGAAAUCAGAGCCUCAUCACUGCUGUAGCUAAUGUGUAUCCACAAUCUCACCAUGGCCAUUGUAUAUGGCAUCUAGCUCAGAAUGUGAGAAACCAUGCUUGUAACACCAUCAAAGCCGUAGUGCCAUGGAGAUUUAUGGAGUUGGCUAGGUAUUACACAGUGCCUGAGUUCGAGGCUGCUUAUGCAUCUUUUAAGGUGAGAUAUCCUUCAGCCUGCAAGUAUUUGGAGGAGAACACUAACAGAGCAACAUGGGCUAGGGUCUACUUUCCAGGUUGUAGAUACAACUUGGACACUAGCAACAGUGUGGAGUCGAUGAAUAGCGCGUUUAGGGACGCAAGGAGGUAUGCCUUGAUACCAUUGUUGGAUACAAUCAUCAAAAAAAUAUCUGACUGGUUUAAUGAACAUCAGAAGGACGUCGUGUCUGGAUCACUUGAUACCAAACUGGUUCCUCUGGUUGAGAUCCAUUUGCACAACUUAUGGGCCAAAGCUGAGAAAACGCCAGUGCGUGAGCUGAAUAGUUAUAAUCUUGAGUACGAGGUUACCGACACUGACAAUGGGAAGGUUUAUUUGGUGAAUUUGAUAGCGAAGUCAUGUAGCUGCAAGGUAUUUGAUUAUGAAAAGUAUCCUUGUCUUCACGGACUUGCUGCUUACUUAUAUUUCCUUGAGGUUCCUGCUGCUAAUGGUCGUCGACGUGAGGUCAACAUAUAGUAUCAUCAGUUGUGCUCAAAGUAUUACUGGACAGAACUUUGGGCAAUGGCUUAUUACAGGACCAUUUAUUCUGUGCCGGACAAGUCUGAAUGGAUUGUACCAGAUCACAUCAAAGAGCUCCAGAUCAUACCUCCGAAAAAGCUGACAAGGAAGGGAAGGAAAAAGGUUAAUAGGAAUCCAUCAGUUGGAGAACGGCGUAAAAGGACACAAAACGUAAGGCGAGCGAGGACAAAUUUGGUUUUAAUUGGCUGUUGUUUGGAAUGCGUUCUAAUCCUCCAAGUGAAACAAACUAAAUCUUGGAAUGUUGCUUUUGCUAUGUUGCUUUUGGUAUGUUGAACUUGGAAUGUUGUUGUUGUUAAUUUUAAUCGAGUUUGGACAACUACUGAUAACGUUGGUAUAACUAAGUAUAAUUGUUCCUGAAUAUACCCGAAUUUGGUCCUUUAUAUAUCCAAUAAAUGAUAUAAAUUCUCCAUCUUCUCUCUCUCUCACUUCUCUCUCUCGAGACUCUUCUGCUUACUUUCUGAGGACAAAAUAUCGAAGAUGCAAGGAGAUGGUUCGGGUUCGUCAAGGAGAAGGGAAAAUUCUGCAAGAAAAUUGUGUUUCUGUCGCUUAGAUGCCGAAAUAAGACAAGCUUGGACAGACAAGAACCCGGGGCGACGAUUUUAUGGCUGUCUGCGUUAUAAGGUAUCCUAGCUGAUGAUAGAAAUUGUGAUCCAAGAUUGAAAAAUAAAGCAAUUGUUUACAAUGGAAUUUUUGGCAGGAGAAAAAUGGAUGCAACUACUUCAAAUGGUUUGAUGUAGAGGAUGGUACAGAAUGGCAAAAAAUGGCUUUGAUUGAAGAGAAGAGUAGGGUGAUCGAGCAGUUAAACCAAACCAUUGCAGAACUCACAAUUAAUUUGGAGAGGAUCCAACAAGAAGAGGAAAUUGUUAGAGACUUUCAAAAUCUCUAUGUUUAAUGGUGUGAGAAAGUUUUAUUCUAAGUUUACUUACUUAUGUUUCUCUGUAUGGAACCUAUGUAUUUUCUAAGUCUGUGCACUGUCGAACCCUCAACUUAUGUGACUUUCAAAAUCUCUAUGUUUGAUGGUGUGAGAAAGUUUUAUUCUAAGUUUACUUACUUAUGUUUCCCUGUAUUGGAACCUAUGUAUUUUCUAAGUCUGUGCACUGUCGAACUUAUGUUGCAACUGUGGAAAACCACGGAAAACUAGUAAAACAAGGUGUUACUAUGAUCGUAAAUAACAGAUAUUUACUUGACAUCAUCCCCUCUAAUCCAACAUAAAAUUGUUAAUGCACAAACACAUUCACUUGACUAGAAGUACUACUCCCCUAAUUCAUCAAUAGAAACUCCUCCUGAAAUUAUAUUAGUGAAAUAAACUAAACUAAUUCAUCGUCAUCACAUUUUCUAUUAUGCAUUGUAUAGUCUUUCCAAGUUCAUUUUCUUAAUAAGAGCAGCUUACAAAGGACUAUUCUACAAUUCUCGUGCUUUCGAAAAUAUUCUUGCACUUAUCAAUUAAACUUGAAUGGUAAUGAGGGAAAAUAACAAGUAAAACCUUCUUCACCAAUUUAAAUUAUACGUAAAACUAAAAAAUGUUGAAAUCACAAAAAAUAGAACUAUGAAGAAAUUUGGUAACACCUGAAACUUCAGUAUAACUAUGAGCAAAUAUUUUGGGGGUGGGGGGGGGGAACUAAAAAAAAUUUCACGCCUAAUCGAUAAUAUUCCAAAAAUUUCAAUUAUUUUGGUCAAAAAGUAGACUCCCCUCUCUUGUCUCGUCUAUUGUGCUCUGUCUCACUUUAGUCAAUUAUUUCAAUUAUUUCGGUCAAAAAGUAGACUCUCUCUCUCUCUCUCUCUCUCUCUCUCUCUCUCUCUCUCUCUCUCUCUCUCUCUCUCUCUCUCUCUCUCUCCUCUGAGACAAUUCCUCUCCUCUCUCUCUCUCUUUACUCUCUUCUCAUCUCGUUGAUAUCUACCUCCCUCCCUCCCUCAUCUUAUCUAUUUCAAAAUUCCCUCUACUGACGAUGACUCACCCGUACCAAGAGAUGAAGGACAUGAAGAAACACAAGAAACACUACGACAUGUUAGGCUACAUUUGCGAUGCCCAGUAUGGAAUUCCUACCCGUUGCCCAUGUGGUGGUGAAAUCAAGACAGAUGUUUCUCCAAAUCCUAAGUAUCGCCACGAUUUCGAUACCUUGCCUGGGAGUAGGUACUUCACCUGCAAGAAUUAUGAGGACGAUGGGAUGCACUUUCGUCAGCCAUGGGGUUUUGGUGUUGAGGAUGAAGUGAGGCGCCUAAGGAUGGAGGUGAAUGAUAUGGCUGAAGAGAUUGCUAAGCUUAAGAGGAUUAUUACCUCUACCUCUCGUCCAUGAGAUUCUCAAAUCUCAAGUUCUUACUAUGGAUGUGCUAAAAAUAAGAACUUUGCUUUGUAUUCCCUAUCUAUUUCCAGUUUCGGUUACAAGUCUUUUUUUUGUUCUGUUAAGACUUGUAUAAGUACUACUAGGUUUGUUCUGUUAAGUCUUUGAAUCUUAUCUAAUGUUAGACUUAUUAUGUUGGCUUAGUGGAUUUCAUUUCAAA